AUGGCCGUCGAACGCGUUUCGUCAGCAUAUGAAAGGCAGAAGGCAUUCAGGGCCAGAGACGGUUCCUACGGAAGCUAUAGUGGUGCCGACAACGAACGGAGUGUCUUUCUGACAGCGUUCGCCGUACAGGCUCUGGCAGAUGCGUCAAGCGUCAUGAAUGACCCCACUGGUAUCAGCGACGCCGAAAUCGCUCAAAGCAUACAGUAUUUGAAAUCCCUACAGGAUCCUUCCACAGGUUGCUACAGGGAAACGGGUCAAGGAAAUCCUGCAUUUACGACUCCGGCGCAUUUGACUCUGUACGUGGGGCUGUCGGUUAUCAGAGAGAGAGAAAAGGACUACGACAUCUACAAGAGCGUCGUGCAAUGUGUGGAAGCUGAACCCACGCUCAACAAUCACUCGUUGGCAAUGUACGCCUUCCUGUCUGCAAGAAUAGGAGAAGAAGCCAAGGCCUCUGAACUCAUCCGCACACUCCUUGCUAAUGCUGACCAUUACUAUUACUACACCUACUGGUCUGCCAGUACAUACAACGAACAAGUGGAAACUGCUGGAUACGUCCUACAUGCCAUGUUCCAGAUUGGCCAGGACAUGACACCCGCGGCACCAGUGUCGGAGUACUUGAUUGAACAGUUGAACGUCGGUGGAGUAACGCCUUACACAGAGGCGUAUGCUGUUGGGAUCCAUGCGUUGUACCACUACGUCUUGGAGACCACGUACAGACCUCACGUCUCGAUGAUGCUCACCGUAUCCGCUGCAAACGGCUAUAGCUCCCCUCGUUCGGUCGACUUCACCAUAACUGAUGAAAACAAGUUCAUGUACCAGCACAGAGUCCUCGAAAACUCAACUGCGACGAAGUUUCUAACCACGAUUCGUCCAGGAGGGAUUGGCUGUGCUGUUACCUUUGUCAAAUAUAGCCUCAACGUGAACAGCUUGCCACCAUCCAACACCUUUCAAGUGAACGCAACGACCGUUUCACCAAGCGAUUGUUCCGCGGCAGAUGUUACCAUCUGUGUCUGGAAUACGGAGUAUUAUUAUGCCAAGACGGUCGUCAUUGAUAUCACACUCCUGUCUGGAUAUGCCGCUGACGUUGCUUCCCUGCAGGGUCAUCUUUGUAACGGAGCCGUCCAAGCGUAUGCAGUUGGUGCCAAUUCACUACUGAUACUACUACAGGUGAUUCCGGCAGGCAGCUGCUUCCGUUUCCGCCAGAACCGGAUCACUGUGGUCGGCAAUUUGCAACCGGCUCUGGUGACCGUUACGGACUACUAUAAUAGCGUGAACAACGUGUCCGCACUAUACAGUGCUGGGGACAACUGUGCUGAACCCAACCGGAUGCUCGGUAUGGGUGGAUCCUACACCUUUGGCGCAUCAAUGAAAUAUGACAAACCAUAUUCUCCUUAUUAAUAUUAUGGGUGAGGCGUUAAAGACCUUGUGGAAUAUUAUUAAAAUGUAGUGAUGAUGCCUGUCUGUCGUUGGAGGUGGGAAAUAAAUCGUUAGCUC